CUCCCGGUACGAAGAAAUGUGGGCACAUGGCUGGCAAAGUUUUGGUUCCUAUUUCGGAACACAUUAAUCGCCUUAUUGCUAUUCGCGUUCAAUUCGAUAUUAUGGGGGUUGAAAAUUUAAUCGUUGCUCGUACCGAUUCUGAAGCUGCAACUUUGAUUACCUCAACUAUUGAUUCGCGUGAUCAUGCUUUUAUUAUUGGUGUUACUAAUCCCCAUAGUGAUCCCCUUGUUAAUGUGUUGGAUAAAGCCCAAAAAGAAGGCAAAGAUGGAAAUGAACUAGCUGAAAUUGAAGAAAAAUGGACACGAGAAGCUGUACUCAAGACCUAUCCUCAAGCCAUAGCCGACACCAUAAAAGCUUCUAAUAAAGCAAACAAAGAUAAACUUUUGCGUGAAUGGGAUAGUAAAGCAAACAGUCUUUCGCAUGAUGACGCAAAAAAAUUUGCUAAAUCGCUUGGGUUUGAAAUAUUUUGGGAUUGGGAUCUACCGCGCACACGUGAAGGAUUUUACCGUUAUCAAGGUGGUACUAAAUGUGCUAUCAACCGUUGUGUAGCUUUUGCUCCGUAUACUGAUCUUUUAUGGAUGGAAACCAAAAGUCCAAUUUAUGAACAGGCAAAAGAAUUCUCCCAAGGCGUCCUAUCAAAAUAUCCAGAAACCAUGUUGGCUUAUAAUUUAUCUCCAAGUUUUAAUUGGGAUGCUGCCGGUAUGGAUAAUGAACAAAUUCGCCGCUUUAUUUGGGAUUUGGGAAAACUCGGAUUUGUGUGGCAAUUCAUUACAUUAGGCGGGUUCCAUUCUGAUGCUUUGGGAAUUGAUGUAUUUUCUCGCAAUUAUUCCAAGGAUGGUAUGUUAGCCUACGUUCAAGGUAUUCAACGUCAAGAACGCGCCAAUGGUGUCGAAACGUUACAACAUCAAACUUGGUCUGGUGCUAACUACUACGAUUCUCUAAGUAAUUAUUUUAUUCGCUAG